AGCUCUCAAUUCUUCUCCCAUAUCCAGAACCCCUUUCUCCCAUCCAGAUCUCGAACCCCUUUUCUCCAUUUUCUCCAAUCAUCAGUUUUCACCCCUUCCAUCAUCGAUCACCAUUCUCAUCACUGGUUCCUCAUCAUUGAUCUACUUGCCUUCGCCUAAAAACAGUUGCAAGUCAUUUCCUCCAUCUCAUAGCAGCCGAACAGCCCCUGGGUCUCCCCUUACCUCUCUCAAUUGCCAGCUUCCUCAAUCUCCUGUCAUCUUCACUACUUGGGCCUCCAUUUCCGACAAGAUUUCUUUUCAGCCUAAUUCUUUCUCCUUCUAGGUAUACUCGAAGUAGGGGUUUUUGGGAAGGUAGUGAGAGAGAAGAACGGAGUCGGGUCCCGUGGAUGGGAUCCCUCCAAUCAGAUCUGGAUUUACCUUUCUCCAUAAAGUUUUGCGAUGUUUGUUUUCUUUUGAUGCUUUUCAGUGAAUUUUUUAUAGUCUAUAGUUAAAUUUGGUGUUAGAGAAGGGCAGAAAGUUGCUUUAAUUCAAAAGCUGAGUUUUGCUGAGGGACAGCUUCCAGUUAGAUAUUUGGGGUUGCCUUUGAUUUCAAAAAAGCUGUCUCCUGGGGCAUGUCAACCUAUUAUCAAUAAAAUUCAUUAGAGAAUUGGCUCUUGGGCAACGAAAUUCCUUUCAUAUGCAGGUAGAGUUCAACUAGUUAAUUAUAUUCUAUUCCACAUUCAAGUUUUUUGGAGUGGUGCUUUAUUGAUUCCUAAGAAAGUGUUAAAGCUAAUUGAUGCUGCUUGUAGAAAUUUCAUUUGGUGUGAUAAAUGGAAUUAUAAUGCCAUGUCUCUUGUAGCAUGGGAUGAUGUAUGUGUGCCAAAGAAAUAAAGGGGACUAGGGGUGAAGCAGUUGCUGCAUUGGAAUAAGGCAGCAUUAGGCAGACUGGUCUAGAAUAUAUGUCAACAUCAAGAGUCGCUAUGGGUUAAGUGGGCAUAGGUGGUGCUGUUGAGGGGUGAAAAUUUUUGGAAGGUUAAAAUUCUAGUGGAUUGUGCUUGGACAUGGAGGCAAGUUUUAAAGCUUUGUCCUUUAUUGAAAAAUAUCAUUUGGAUGCAAGUGGGAGAUGGAAGACAGGUUUCACUAUUCUAUGAUUGGUGGGCAGGUGAGGUAAGGUUCUGUGAGUUGAUCUCAAAGGAUGAGAUUGCUGUUUGGGCCAUGACCUUACAAUUAGUCAGUGGUGGGAUGGUUUAGAUUGGACCAUUCUAGAUAGUCUUGUGAGAAGACAACCCAUGCUUGUCUAGAUUAUUAGAUGUCAAAAACUAUCUCAACAAGUGGACAAGGCUAUAUGGAAACCUGCAAAGAAUGGUUUGUUUACUAUUUUGAGUUGCUAUGAGUUCCUAAGAGUGAAAUGCCCUAAGGUAGAAUGGCAUCAUAUUGUUUGGGCAGGGUGCAUUUUCCCAUGACAUAGCUUCAUCUUUUGGUUGGUAUUGUGGGGUAGACUAAAGACUAGAGCUUUGCUAACAAGUAGAGGUCUGAGAAUUGAGAAAGGGUGCUGCUUGUGUUGUAGAUAUGAUGAAACUUGUGAGCACCUAUUUUUUUAUUGUAUUUUUGCUAAAGAAGUGUAGAGGUUAGUCUUGGACUUCUUGAAUAUUCACAGACAACCAAAAAGGUGGAGUGUUGAAUGGCUAUGGUUAAAGAAGGCAUGUAAAGGUCGAUCGGCGCAGUCAAACAAGUUGAAGGCUGCGAUAGCUGCCACUAUAUAUAUGAUUUGGCAGGAAAGAAAUAGGAGAGUAACUCUUUGUAAGUUUUUGGUUGAAAAGGAUGUAUAUAAUGAGAUAGAUAAUUUUUUGAGAUUAAAGAUCUGAAGGGUGU